AUGGUACACUACAUUCGCUUCUUGCGCACACCGCAGACUACUGCUAGCAAGAAGACGAUUGAUAUCUCAGCAGUAGUCGCAGUGACAACAGACUUGGGCGACUCGCUCUACCCUGCAGACGUUAAUCUUGUGGCGGAAGUAGCAGAAGCCAAUCAUCCAUAUGAGAUCUUGUGUACCAAUUCAUUGGAGUGGAAAGCUACAUCUCGCGCGCUGAAAUUUAACAUUCAAUGCCCCGGCAAGUAUAUUUCCAGGCCUAUUCUUGUGCAUGUGACCACCCAAGAAACGAGCGAUGCUUUGAAAGCGUCGAGUGUUCCUAAGAUUCUCGAUGUUUGGAGUGUUGAAUUUCCAUUGUCUGACAAACAGCGGGCUGAGCCAGUGGUCGAGCGGCAGCUCUGGCUGAGCAACAGGUCUCGUAUCAGGAUCAGGGAGGAAACAGGCGAUAGCAUUGCCCGCCACAUCUGGGACGCAAGUCUAGGGUUUCUCGUUUACUUCGACAAAACAACCCGGUCAUCUCCUCCCGUUGGGACAGCGUCGAUGUCCAUAUUGAUGAAAGCCAACCAGGUAAGGCGGCUAAAGGUGCUUGAGCUUGGAGCUGGUUGUGGCAUUGUGGGCGUUGCAUUCGCACAGCUUGUCAAAUGCGACAUGCUUCUUACCGACCUGGAAGACGCUCAGGAGAUUUUGGGAAGGAAUGUUCGGUUAGCAACGCCAACAGCAGGAUCUUCUGUUCAAGCACAGAAUUUGGACUGGGAGACAGGCCUUGAUGAUAGCUCCAAUUCGAAAUUCGAUCUCAUUUUGGUUUCGGACUGCAUCUACAAUCCUGAGAGCAGUCUCCACCUGGUAAAGACUUUGCGACAGCUGGCUCUGCGUGCACCCAAUGUGGUGGUUUUGGUCGGCUUCAAACGACGACACGAUGCAGAUUCAAUAUUCUUCGAGCGGAUGCAAUCUACCAAGUUUGAGAUAGUGGAAAGUAUUAACAUCCCACUCCCUCACACAAAUACCGACCAGGACCCGGAGCCACCGACCACCGAGUUCUAUACAUAUAGAUUGUCUGAGGGAGCAUUGUGA